AUGGAGAGACAGCAAAGGUUUAUGUCAGAGAAGGAUGAGUAUCAGUUUCAACAUCAGGGAGCGGUGGAGCUGCUUGUCUUUAAUUUUUUGCUCAUCCUUACCAUUUUGACAAUCUGGUUAUUUAAAAAUCAUCGAUUUCGCUUCUUGCAUGAAACCGGAGGAGCAAUGGUGUAUGGCCUCAUAAUGGGAUUAAUCUUACGAUAUGCUACAGCACCAACAGAUAUUGAAAGUGGAACUGUGUAUGAUUGUGGAAAACUGGCCUUCAGUCCAUCAACUCUGCUGAUUAAUAUCACUGAUCAAGUUUAUGAAUAUAAAUACAAGAGAGAAAUAAGCCAGCAUAACAUCAAUCCUCACCAAGGCAAUGCUAUACUUGAAAAGAUGACAUUUGAUCCAGAAAUCUUCUUCAAUGUUUUACUGCCACCAAUUAUAUUUCACGCAGGAUACAGCCUAAAGAAGAGACACUUUUUUCAAAACUUAGGAUCUAUUUUAACAUAUGCCUUCUUGGGAACUGCCAUCUCCUGUAUCGUCAUAGGGUUAAUUAUGUAUGGCUUUGUGAAAGCUAUGGUAUAUGCUGGCCAGUUGAAAAAUGGAGACUUCCAUUUCACUGACUGUUUGUUUUUUGGUUCACUGAUGUCAGCUACAGAUCCAGUGACAGUGCUGGCCAUUUUCCAUGAACUGCAUGUUGACCCCGACCUGUACACACUCCUGUUUGGGGAGAGUGUGUUGAAUGAUGCAGUGGCCAUCGUCCUCACAUAUUCGAUAUCCAUUUACAGCCCCAAGGAGAAUCCAAAUACAUUUGAUGCUGCAGCAUUCUUCCAGUCUGUGGGGAAUUUCCUGGGGAUCUUCGCCGGCUCAUUUGCAAUGGGGUCUGCGUAUGCUGUUGUCACCGCACUGUUGACCAAAUUUACCAAACUCUGUGAGUUCCCUCUGCUGGAAACCGGCCUGUUUUUCCUCCUGUCUUGGAGCGCCUUCCUGUCUGCGGAGGCUGCCGGCCUGACAGGAAUAGUUGCUGUUCUCUUCUGUGGAGUCACGCAGGCACAUUAUACCUACAACAAUCUGUCGUCGGAUUCCAAAAUGAGGACUAAACAGUUGUUUGAAUUUAUGAACUUCUUGGCCGAGAAUGUCAUCUUCUGUUACAUGGGCCUGGCGCUAUUCACGUUCCAGAAUCAUAUCUUUAAUGCUCUUUUUAUACUCGGAGCCUUUCUCGCAAUUUUUGUUGCCAGAGCCUGCAACAUAUAUCCCCUCUCCUUCCUCUUGAAUCUGGGCCGGAAACAGAAGAUCCCCUGGAAUUUUCAGCACAUGAUGAUGUUUUCAGGUUUACGAGGAGCAAUAGCAUUUGCCCUGGCUAUUCGGGACACAGAAUCUCAGCCCAAACAAAUGAUGUUUACCACCACAUUGCUCCUUGUGUUCUUCACAGUCUGGGUGUUUGGAGGAGGAACAACCCCCAUGCUGACUUGGCUUCAGAUCAGAGUUGGUGUGGACCUGGAUGAAGAUCUGAAGGAGGAGCCCACCUCACACCAGGAAGCAAAUAACUUGGAUAAAAACACAACCAAAACAGAGAGUGCUUGGCUCUUCAGAAUGUGGUACAGCUUUGACCACAAAUAUCUGAAACCAAUUUUAACCCACGCUGGUCCUCCACUGACUACAACAUUACCUGAAUGGUGCGGUCCAAUUUCCAGGUUGCUCACCAGUCCUCAGGCCUACGGGGAACAGCUCAAAGAGGAAGAUGUGGAAUGCAUUGUGAAUCAGGACGAACUGGCCAUGAGUUACCAGGAGCAAGCCACCUCGCCCUGCAGCCCUCCUGCAAGCCUGGACCAGAAAGCUUCCCCACAGACUCCAAGCAAGGACAACAUUUACGAGGGGGACCUCGGCCUAGGAGGCUACGAACUCAAGCUUGAGCAGACGCCGGGUCAGUCCCAGCUGAACUAA